AUGUGUAGAAAAUUAAAUGAUUAUGAUUACCUACCAAACCCAUGCUAUUUACACCAAAGUUCCCGGCGACUUGAAAGCGUCCAGAUUGCUGUCGUCAGAAUCUGGGAUCUUUUCGACGAUCUUUUCUGUUUCUGUGUUGACCUGUGUGAGUUCUCCGUCUUUGGAGCUUGCUUUUCUUCCGAUUCUCAGCCACCAGAUCGCGUGGCUGAGGAAGAUGCCGAUCUCGAGACUGGCGCAAAUGGAGUACAGGAUCAGGCCCAUGGUAUCGAUUUCGCCGACGGCGAGCGAGGCCAGCGAGAACAGCGCGCCGCUCAGGUCGGUGGCCAGGAACACAAAGUUUAUCCCCACCACGCGGCCCUGGCGUUUGGCCAGCUCGUAGUAUGGGGGCAGCAGUCCUAA